GUUCCGAGGGCGCGACAGGCUGCAGCGCGCGGGGUCUUGCGUGGGCGAGAGGGCGACCGCCUGGAGUGAGGGCUGGGUGAGGUCGGCGGACCGUGUGUGGAGGAGGGGGCCGCUGAGUGUGUCCAGGUCUCUGGGGUUUGAGAGGGGUUGUGUGUGUUGAGGGUGGCCCGGUAGCCUGGAGCUAAGAGCCCAAAUUCAGGCCCUGGCAAGAUGGGAGGGGCCCGGGAGGAGUGGCAAGUGAGGUCAAAUCAUCUUGUAUUGAGAGACAAUGGAAGAGGGUAGCUUCCUCCUCCUCCAGGAUCGGGGAGGCAGUGGACCCUGGAGAGAGGACCCAGGGCUGGUCUAUGGAUGCAGCCUCACCCCAAGUCACCAUGGCAGCCCACAGAGAGCCACCACAUGCAUCACCAGUUCUCCAACAGGCAGCUCAUGCCUUUAGAGUACACACCCCCAUCAUCUGUGCAUCACAACACUCGGUCCAGUGGUGGCUCUGCUCCUACACACACCAGGACCUGGGCCUUGAGAGGACCCUCCUUCCUGACAUCCUCUACAGAGAUGUGGCCUUCCUCAACCUGGUCGACCCCAUCUCCCAUGACCUGCUUGUGAACCUGGCCCGGGACCUGCAAUGCCCCAAGAAGGUCUCCAUCCUGUACAGACACCCUUAGGGACCGGUGCUCACUGCUUUCCCCCACAACAGCUGGGGUCAUAAGCAAGGCCCUCCUCAUUGCUGGGGUGGAGUUUGCCACCUGCAGCCUCCACCCCACAGCUGCCCAGAACCCCACUCUGAUGGCAUCUGCAGAUGUCCUGCCAUGAGCAUCGACACAGCCCCAGGAUGUGUGGCUGUGACCGGCCACCGGACCCAGACUCCUAGUCACAGUGAGUCCCCCACCAAAACAAGGGUAUCCGCUCUGGGCCCUGCCAGCUCUGAAUGCCCAGGUCUGUGCACAGUCGGCCCCUAGGACUCUGCGCCUAGCCCACAGCCAUCACAGGAACGGCCAGGGCUUGCAGCUGCUGUGUGUGCUGCCUGCUCCUGGGGCUGUUCACAGAGGGACUGGAUAAAGGAUGCAGUGGAGCAUGCUCAGUGCCAGCUUUGUGGGCCGUGCACCCUGGAUUCCACCCUGAGCUGGGCCUCUGCAGGAGCCCAGUUAGGACUAAGAGAGAGCCAGGUGGUGGUGCUGUAAAACAUUACAUCCCCCAGCCCUGUCAGCCCAGACCCAGACCCCGCAGGUGCAGUCUCGCUUGGAGAGUGAGAGGAAGAACAACAUGCUGACCUGGCUUGUUCCUACUCCCUGGAAUUGGCGUCAGUGGAGCAGGGCUCCCUCGAGGGGCCUGGUCUGGCCUCCUUCCCCUGUGGACUAUGAGCUCUGGAAGUCCUCGGACAAGAUCUGCCGACAGCUCAUCUACCACCUCACCCCUCACUCAAAGCAGCAGCAAGGGUCCAGCCUGCGCCAGAGGAAGACCCAGAGCUGCCUCAAGAGCAGCCUCCAGAAGACUCUGCUGGCAGGGGAGACUGUGGACCUCUCAGGCAUCCCGCUGUUGACACGGGACAUGCAACACAUCACACGCUGCCUGAGCAGCCAUGGUGCUGUGCUGGUGGUGCUGGACAUGAGCUUCACAGGCCUGAGUGAUGAGCUGCUGCACCUGCUGCUGCCCAGCCUGUGGGCGCUGCCCCGCCUCACCCAGCUCCUGCUCAACGGCAACCGACUGACACGGGCCACUGCCCGCAAGCUCACUGAUGCCAUCAAGGACACCACCAAGUUCCCUGCAUUGGCCUGGGUGGACCUGGGCAACAACGUGGAUGUGGCUUCCCUGCCCCAGCCCCUGCUGGUCAGCCUGCGCCGGUGGCUGAGCCAGCGCACCUCACUCCCCACCAUCUACGAGGGCCUGGACCUUGAGCCUGAGGGCGGUGCAGUCGGGGCCACCACCCCUGCCUCCACCUGGGACUCCACAGCUGCUGGGCUGGGACCUGAGCCCCGGGCCUGCUGCGCCAGGUGACCCACCACCCACCUGGCUCAUUGCUACUGACUUGUGAUGCUCUCAAGCACAUGAUAGUGGGCGAUGAAGGUUGAGGAGGACUCACAGGCCCCCAGAGAGCCAGUGCAAAUGCUCAGCCUGAGAUUAAGGGGACAGAAGGAGAAUGGACUCAUAGGUGGCCAGGUGGCCAGCCCUGGCUAGAGGCUCAGCCUUCCCUCAUUGGGAGGGGCCCCAGCACCCACAGUGUGGACCCCGCAGUAAAAAGUGACACCUGCC